GGAGCUGUCAAACAGCAACAAUCGCCUGAAAUAUCAUCUCGGGCGGUACUACGAACAUCGUACUUUGCUCUAUUGUGAAAACAAGGACGACAGAAGCAGACUUCGAGUUCACUUUGAACACUCAGCCUUUGCGAAUUUGGACUUUUAAACCGUCCGCGACGAAAAACUUCCUGUUUUAUGUGUGUUGGUGGAUCUCAAGCUAAUGUUUGUUAGCUCUUCGCUUAGCUCGAGUUUUAUUGACAAACUAGCCAGUCAGCUAGUCACAGAGGAGCUGCGUUACCAACUUUGCUGUCUUGUAGUUUUCGAUAAAUGCUACCCGGGAAAGGCAUGGAGUCCAGCUUGAAGUGUCCCUACAAAUAUCUCCAUGAAUUAACAACAGGUCUCCAAGGGCUAACUAUACAUCUGUCAGACAUGUGAAAACCCUGGUGGACUCCCCAGUCACAAGCAGUCAGGAACUGGACUAUUAGGAAACAUCUUGGAUCCAGCCAGGGUGUGUCACCAGGGGUGCCCUAAACCAGGUUUUACACUGAAGUCUAUGUGUGUGAAAUAUUUUCUCCCAGGACACAAUCUGACUACAUCCUGGGCUGCUGUGGAACCCCUUGGCACCAUUAAAACAAUCUAGUCCUCUUGUCAUGUGGGUACAUUACAGAAAAAGGCCCAUAUUACCCUCACUGGUAUCAUCUUUAACAUCACCAUGGAUCGGAAUAAACGCAACUCAAUCGCUGGGUUUCCUACACGACCGGAGCGUAACAAUGAGGACAGAGAUGGUAUCGGAGGGGUAGGGGUCUGCGAGAUGGGAAUGGGCCCGCCUUCACAGGUGGGCAGGGUGUGGCCAUCGUCCUACAGAGCCCUCAUAAGUGCCUUCUCCUGUCUUACACGUCUUGAUGACUUCACCUGUGAGUGGAUUGGCUCUGGAUUCUUCUCUGAUGUCUUCAAGGUACGUCAUCGAGCUUCAGACCAAGUUAUGGCACUAAAGAUGAACAAGCGCAGCAGCAACAGAGCUAACAUGUUGAGAGAGGUUCAACUAAUGAACCGGCUUUCCCACGCACACAUUCUCAGGUUCAAGGGAGUGUGUGUCCACGAGGGCCAGCUCCAUGCUCUGACAGAGUACAUCAAUGGUGGAAACCUGGAGCAGCUUCUAGACAGCAACAAACACCUGAGUUGGCCCACAAGGGUGAAACUGGCCUGUGAGAUCGCGAGCGGUCUGGCUUACUUGCACUCCAAAGGCAUAUUCCACCGGGACCUCACCUCCAAGAACUGUCUGAUCAAAUGUGAUGACUAUGGCUACACAGCAGUGGUGGGAGACUUUGGCCUGGCAGAAAAGAUCCCCACCAAUCUUGCUGAGGUAGAGAAACUGUCCGUGGUUGGUUCUCCUUUCUGGAUGGCUCCAGAGGUGCUGAGAGAUGAGCCCUACAACGAGAAGGCCGACGUAUUCUCCUACGGUAUAAUCCUGUGUGAGAUCAUUGCGAGGGUGCAGGCUGACCCUGACUUCCUUCCCCGCACAGAGAACUUUGGCCUGGACUAUCACACGUUCCAGCACAUGGUUGGAGACUGUCCGCCUGACUUCCUCCAGCUGGCUUUCAACUGCUGCAACAUGGACCCUAAACUCCGUCCGUCCUUCUCAGACAUUGUCAGGCACCUUGAGGAGAUUCUGGCACGCCUUAAAGUUGAAGAGAUGGAGCAUGAGUGUGUCCCUCUUUCUGGGGACAACGACAAGAAGACCAUAACAAAGAGUGAGAAGAUCCAGGGCUUCAAACGGCUUAACCCUCUUGGUUUCCCAGAUGAUAAAAUCCCCCCUAAAUCCCCCCGCCCUCGACGAAACAUCUGGCUCAGCCGCAGCCAAUCAGACAUCUUCUCCUGCAAACCAGGGAGAAAAGUCAACGUUCAGGACCCUUACUAUAACCCCCCCAUCGCUCAGCGAGCUUCAAAAGCCCGCAAGAUCAACCCCUUUACUGCUCGAGAGGACCUAUGUGGGGGCAAGAUCAAGUUUUACGACGUGCCCAGCAAGUCUGUCUUCUCGCUGGUGUUUGACCUGCACUCACCUCCGGGAAGUGCGUUCAGUAACCAGCCGUCUGCUCAUGGACCUGGAGGACCCCAACAGGAGACGUCUUACUACUGGCAGCAGCUGCCAGGAAGACAGUGUCACUCCUUACCGGUGUCUCCCCAGCUGCCCCGCUCCGAGGUCUUUGAAGUUGUUGCUGCUAUUAGCUCCAAUAACAACGGUUCUGUUACCUGUAACUCUAGCCAGCUCUCCACAGUGCUGCCAGCAACUAACUCCAGGUCUGACGCAGGCCUGAUGGGGAAUGACGUCCGGCAGAAGGCAGUGCUGAGCGGCUGGGCGAAGAAAUAUGUCGUGGUUGAGAUCCCACCUUACUGCAGGCAGAUAGGAAGGGAUGAGGACGAAGAGGCAGAGGCAGAGGAGAGAAAGGAUGUAAAAGAGGAGGAUGAGCUUGGGGAGAGCUGGUCUCCGAUGAUCCCCAGCAGUGAGAAAGACAGUGGAGAGGCGAUGGACUGCUCCAGCAGCUUGGAGGAAGAGGAACAAGAGAGAGGGACAGACACCUGCCCCAUGUAACGCACAUGUAAAUCCACAUGGACACACACACACACACAAAGGAGGUUGUGGAUUUUGACAAGAGAGGGAGACUUUUACCCCUGGAUGGAGGACGUAAACCGACAGACCGGAUACAUUUCAAAGAUUUUGGAAAAAUAAAAUGUAAAAAGACACUUGAUUUUUUUAUCUGUCAAGUGAAUGUAUCACAUGUUGACUCACAAAUCAAGCACACCUGAUGUAGAUAAUAACUGUCUUUCAAAGAUAUUAUCACCCAGGUGUGACGGGACAAGUCUCUGUUUAGCACAAAAAAAAAAAAAGCUUUUAUCAACAAAUGGACACUUGGCAUAGAGAUUAUUUUUUAUGAAAAGGUUGUUUAUAUUUAAUAUUGUGAGAUGUUGUAGAUUUUUUUCCUUUCAAGGUUUCCUUUAUUAAGCGUCUUGUCUAUGACAAGGGGUAUUGACGAUCCCUUGUGUUGUGUAUGUGUGAGUGUUUAAAAAUCAGAGCUUGUGUUUUGAUAUUUUCCUUGUGCUCUUUGUUAGACACAUGUUUCUACUAAAUCAAAACAAAUCCCAUAUUUUUCUGAUUAACGUUCAGAUGAGAAAACACGAGGUGAUUUAUAAUAACUGAGUGCCUGAAAAACAACACUCACGACACAGAUGUUUCAUCUCAAACCAUCCUAGCAACCCAGAACUAGACUGCACUUGUAAAAUAUUUUAUACCAUCAAGUCUCGUCUAAUCCACAGGGAACUAGCCGAGCAACGGCAAAAGUGAAUUUAGAGAGGAGGUGGUUUUAGUUAGGAUUUCAUCUCUCCACGUGACGACACAGUGGUCUCUUUGAUUGAUCAGAUGCACUAAAAAUCAAACACCAUUCAAGAGUCAAAGCUCAGCAUUUGUAAGCAGCAUUGUUCAGACAUCAAAUCCAGAACACAAAAUGUAGGCAAACAUGGAUGUUGUAAAAAAGGACCUUGCAAAGUUUUUGUAUUUAAAAGUUGCUGCUCGAAAGCCCAUGCUUAAAUUUCAGAUGUCAGAGUUUACUUGAACACAGCACAAGUUUUGAAAACAGCCCCCUCUUGCAACUCUGUUAACACACAAUGAAGCCAAAACAAGUUGAAAAAAAAUCAAAUUUAAAGCAAGACUAUGUAACUUUUGACAAAAUUACAUCUUAGAAAAAAUAGCUCAAUUCACAAACAAUAACACGCAUCCUUACUCACUUCAGUACACUCAGGGAUUUAGCUGCUACAGCUUUUUUGGUCUGGUGUAACCAGUAGCACAUGGUGGCUAAUGUGAGCAAGCUUUAGACAUUGCUGAGUAACUGACAGUCAUUUUGUUGACUGUCUUCCCUCUGCUAUUGUGUGCAACACCAUUUGGUCAUAUAGCACAUAGCUUUAGUAAGAUAUUAAUAUAUUAACUCAUAUUUUCUACGCUCCAAAAGGUAGUCAUUAAAGCAACUUCAGAAAAUCCUCAAGAUGUUCAUAUUCAACAUGCUAUCAUGCUAUAAUUACCUCUUAAGGCCACAGUGGAUGCUGUUUUUCAAAAGUUGCAUAAUCUCACUUUAUAUUCAAAACUAAAAUGUAUCAAUACAAGAUCCCAGUGUCAAACUUCUGAUAAAGGCCAGCAGUAAUGUUAAUUAUACAUAAUAAUUCAUUGUGUGAAAAAGCUGAAAAAUGUCCUAAAACAGUGUUAUAAACAAACAGCGAUUCGUGAUGUUUGUCCUUACAGAUUUUUCAGUUCUUGUCAGUCGAACAGAAAGUUGCCUCUGGCUCAUUGUUUCAACGUGACAUUGGUGCUGAGAUGACGAGAGGCUUUCCUGUUUCUGACUAUGCAGUGUACUGCUACCCUGUUCUUACUGUCCCAUGCAUAAGAGGGAAUCAAAAUUUCAUGUGGUGAAAAUGAGUAUAAAAGACCACAUUUUUUGAGCAAUAACUUCCCACACAGACUCCAAUUAAUUAAUUCCACUUCAAUUCCAAUGUCUUUAAAAAAGAAAAAGAACCUGGUAAAUUUCACUUACCUAGAGAGCCAAAAGAGACUUCAGUUAAUCAAACCAUUUUACUCAAAAGCAGCCGUGACUCAGCUUGAGUUGGAUGAAUAAUAUUUUGAUUUGAGGGAAACAGCACAACCUGGUCUUUUAUUUCUUUCCAUUCAGAUGUGCCAGAUGUUCAGUUUCCGCUUUGUUGUGCGGAAAAUAUCCAAAUCAGACAGAGAGCCGAGCUGAGUACUAAAUAAAUGUAAUGUUCGUUUUUCUCUUGAAAAGAUAAGCUAAGUUAAAGUAGCAACAUUUUACUUAAAAUUCAAUGUAUAUAUUUUUUAAUUGCGGCACAUUUCCAAUCUGAAGCUAAAUGUUUUACAGCAAGAUACUCUGACACACUCCCUAAGUAGUUGCUACUAACAUUUGGUUCAGUUUGUCUCAGUGAAGGUCCAGUGUGUAGGAUUUAGUGGCAUCUAGUGGUGAGAUACCAGAAUUGAAACUUCUCCUGUGUGCCAAGAAUGUAGAACUACUCUCCCCAAUGUGAAAACGUAAGUGGCCCUAUGUAGAGCCAGUGUUUGAUUUGUCCAUUCUGGGCUAUUGUAGAACAACAUGGUGGACCUGCUCUGUAUGUAAAUAUAAACAUCUCAUUCUAAGGAAACAAAAGCACAGUGGUUCUUAUUUUCAGGUGAUUAAACACUAAUGAAAACAUAGGUAUUUAUACUAUAUGCCAUUCCUGCCAAUAUAUGCCCCUAAAUCCUCCACACUGGACCUUUAAAUGGUCUCAUCACGGCAUUUUCUACUUUUAUCAACACACUCCAGUAAAAUUUCUGAAAUCGACUUCCUUGGGAUAAAAGCCUUUUCAUUUAUUAUUCAGUCUCAUUGGGACGGCCAGUGUAACAUCAGAUCCGUUAAUCAGUGUUCAUCUAAAUGUUUUCACUGUACAAACUAAAUGACUUAUGAAAUAAGAUUUAUUUUUGUCGAACCACGUUUGUCUCCGCUGCAGCACGUCCUUCUGAUGCUCAUGUUACAUUCUGCUGAUCUCAGUCUGAUCACUUCAAUGGGAACUCAGAUGCACUUGUACAGCGAUAUUCGUGGGGAUGUCCUCUGAACUACUUAUCACUACUUUUCUAUGCAACCAAUGUAACUUUAAUGACACUGUUUUACAGUAUAAAGGAUCUGAUAUUUAUGAGAAAACAUUUUUCAUGUCUUACCUUUGUAUAUUUGUGUAAAAAGUUUGUGUUACCUGCCUUGAUGAAUACAGACAGAUGUUUUUGCUGAUUGAGUAACAA